UUCAAAGAUGGUAUAAUGGACGAAUUUACAAGGACUAUUUUCAAGACCUGGAAUUUUGAUCAAUUCAUUGAAAGAUUUGAAAAGGCCGGCGUGGACAAAGAGCUUUUUGAAAGCAUUGAUAAUGAUUUUCUUAACGAACUAUUUAGCAACGAAGAAUGUGGUUUCAGAAGAAAGUUUAAGAUUCGCUUUGAUGAAUGGAAGAAAGAUCCUUCAUCAUUUGCUUUAAGCAACCCUAAUAAUGUAGAAGCCCUACAAACUUCUAACACUAUCGCUAACUUACACUCAUCAAGUACAAAUGUUGCGCAUGAAAUUGAUGUUGUAAAUGUUGCAUAUGAACUUAACGUUGUUAAUAUUACUGAAAGUACAGUUGGGGUGAUCGCAUUAGUUAGUCAGUAUUUAUUUCUUUAUGAAUAUUUUUGUGUAUGUUUAAUUGUUUAUAAUUGAUUUAUAAUAUAAUUUCAAUAAUAGCUGAAGGGAAAAUGAGUCUCGCACAGUUAUUAAAAAAUAAAGUAAACGGUAGGAUAGUGGCAGCAAAUUUCGAGAUUAAGAAAAUCGUAGACACGCACCUAUUAACCGAUUUAGUUAUAGAGCAUGAGUUUGAAACUACAGGAACAAGCUAUAG